CGAGGUUCCCUGUUCGUCACGUUGUAAGCCAACGGUUUUUGCCUGGCCCGCUUAUAAGUUGUGGGCAGGCGACGGUCACCGCGAUCCUGAGUCUCGCCGAGCAGUUCCCAUCCUAGCAGGACAAGGACAGGGGAGUAUGGCCUGACUCGGCAUUGAUCAGAUUCCGACCACCUGCUACUUACCUCCUACGUCUUCCCGCGUUCAAUCGAGUAACUGUUCCACUAUCUUACCACAAUGUCAAGUAGAGCCGAGGUGGGAACACCAAAAACUUUGCAAACACAAUAUUGGGAUCAUGACCCCCGUGAGGCGGUCAGAUGUUCGCUCACUCCUGCCCCAAUGCCGGACCACGACCCUCAUACGAUCGUGUCAGCAGCUCCCCGUUCUGUUGGCGCUCGUGGCGUGGAUCGCCCACUUGUCUUGGCAUCAUGGCACCGAGCGAGCAUGCCUGGUGGUUUACAUACUAGUUAACCUACUAAAGUUAAGUAGCUGGGAUAUCAGGGGAUCAGCAGCGAACCGACUUGCAUGCAGGACUCUUCUGCGGGAGACUUCUGACGUAAACAAUAGCCAAUCAAGACGAUAGUCCAGCUCAUGAGCAGGCACGCGUUUCGAUCAAGGAGCCUGAAAUAUACCCUGAUCCCCGCUCGCUGCCGCCGAUAAACUCAGCUCGGUGGGACGAGUAGGUAGCACGAAGCGCGCCGUGUGGCAAAACGUUCGACGGGCCGCACACCGAGAGUAAUAAAACAAUUAUCCGCCCGAAAUUUCUCUGCUUCGUCAUGCUAUGCGAUCUGGAUAAUUUGCUGCCGUUGGAGACCUCACCAUGGCGGAAGGUCUUGCUCAAGUGAUAUCGUGGUAUAUAUGCGCCGCUAUUGCAUGCUUGUUCCUGGCCUCUCGGCUCUGGAUCCGAAUCCGUCGGUUCGGUGGCCUCGUGCUUGAAGAUGGCUUCAUCAUCCUGGGAGCAGCCUGUCUCCUUACAGACCUGGCUAUCCAGCAAUACAUGUGGAGUCACGGCAUGGCGGAACUCCCACGCACGAGCCAAGAUAAUGUCAUCAAGAUCAUGAAGAUGAUCGUUCCAGGGUCCAUCGUCUAUGUGUCGUCUAUAUGGGCCAUCAAAAUUGCGAUGGUCCUGUUCUACAAGAGACUCGCGGCACCCAAAUCCACGCUGCAGUUAGUGUACAACGUGGCACUGGGUCUGCUUGUUCUGUUUUGGGGCGUCAUUACUUUGCACAUUAUCUUUCAGUGCUUCCCACAUGACAAAAGGUGGUCGAAAGAUCCAGCAUAUAAAUGCGACAAGACGAACAAGGAAGUCAACUACUGGCUGACAGCCUCUCUAAAUGUCGGGACCGACAUCGCAACCAUCACCUUGCCCAUAUACAUGGUACUUAAACUGCAGAUGAAGUUAAAGCAGAAGCUUGCAGUAGCUGCAGUCUUUGCCCUGGGGCUUCUUGCGGUGGUCGCGGGCAUUGUGCGGGCAUACUUUGCGAAGCGCAGGCAGACGAUGCUGACAUGCACCGUUUCCAUAAUCGAGACGUCCGUCGCAAUAAUCACGGCGUGUCUCCCGCCACUUCGCUCCGUCAUCCUCGGUCCUCCUUCAUCUGCUAGGAGCGGCGCAAGCUAUCAACACUACGAGCUCUCCGCACAAAACCAGAGCCGCAAGUCGAAUCGAGGCCGAGUCACCACGGAAAUCGUCGGUGGACCCAGAGACAGUGGUUGCUCCGAGGAGGAGUUGGUGAAAGAUCGCACCGCCGACAGGGCCGACGUGGAGAGCAAUGCGGACAGGAAGCCGGACGGCGGCGUCAGGGUGACCACGACUCUCCAGAUGCAACAUGGGGUAGAUCCGGAGGCAGCCUCCAAGCAAGUCUGAGUAGAAAUAUGAAGACAGCCUGCUUGGAGGCCAUCAUGUCAUACUUGAACCUCGCGCGCGCACUCUGACCUGGGGCGAAUCUGAGGAAACGAGGCGUAUAAGGUGUGAAAUAUGGUCGGCCACUACGCUUACCAGAGUGGGUUCGGAACAAGUUCGUGGUUUCGGAAGGCAGUAUUGUAACAUAAAUAUGUAUAGGUGCGGAUGAUAUACUGACGACUUUCGGUAAUAUGGUUUCUACGGCAAGCUCACGACACGGAACACCCUGGUGUUGGUUGCCUCCCAUCGUGGUAUUGGAGAUAGGAAGGGAGCCGCUACCUAGUCGAGCAUCGACUUACACACUUAGCUGACCC